CAACACACAACUCAAUUAGAGAAGCGUCACACGCAAAAAGACAGAGAGCACCGUGCAUGGUACAUACAUCGAUCCGACGCACACACUCAAAAACAACUCGAGAAGACAGACACCUGCCGUGCAGCGCUCGCCUGUCUCAACCCUACUAUAUGUACACGCCUGCCUGUCUGUCUGUCAGCUGGACUGGUAGGCCGGCCACACCACAUACCACACCACAACACAACACACACACACUAGUCUGUGUGGGAUCCCCUCUUCGGCGUGUCGCCCUCGAAUUGGUUGCAGCUCAUGAGGUAGCGGAGCAGGUCGAUCCGAGUGACAACGCCCACGACCACCUGCCGCAUCCUGUACUCCUCCGCCCCGCCCACGAAGCACUUCUGCUCCGCCACCACGAGCACAAAGGGGUGCAGGUCGAGCGUCUUGGACAAGAAGUCCAGCGGACAAUCCAGCCCCACUCGCUUGAACUUCUUGUACAUGCACUUGCCUGCACACAGUAAUGCAAUGCACGCAGGCAGUAUUUGUGUGGACGAGUGUGUGUUCCCCCUCAUUUCGACUCACCGAUGGGGUCCUUUCCCUUGAGCCGUCCUGACGAUAAAUAUGAGCUGAGGUUGCCCUCGGUGAUGACGCCCACCACCUGCCCGCCCGUCUCGCCCUCGUCGCUCACCACCGGCACCUGGUCGAUUCCCUCCUUGUCCAGCAGCUUGAUCACGUCAGAACAAGUCGCCGACGGGCUGACCGUCACUGGUGCCCGCAGAGAGAGGGCGGCGACUGUCGUCUUGCCCCACUCUGGCUCUUCAGCGGAGCCCCGCUCGGUCGGCCGCUCCAUGAAGCCGUUGUCCCACAUCCAGUCGUCGCUCAGGAACUUGCUCAUGUAAUUCCUGCGGCAGGGAGCAAUACAUGCACUGCACGGCUACUUUCUUUCGUCCUUGUGUCGUGCAUACCGGCUGGAGUCGGGCAGCACCACGACGCACCGCUGGUCUUUCUUGAGUUGUCUGGCGGCCUUGAGCACUCCGGCAACUGCGGCGCCCGAUGAGCCGCCGAUGAGCAGGCCCUCGGUGCGUAUGAGGUCCCUGGCCAGCUCGAAGGACUCCUUGUCCUCCGUCUUGACCCAGAAGUCCACCACACUGCGGUCAAGGGCCGUGGGGAUGAAGUCAUAGCCGAUGCCCUCCACAAAGUACACCUGAACGAGCGAAUGAACGAACCAUAGGAAGACAUAUCCACAUCCUUGCUGGUGAAGGGUGCCUUCUGCUGCUGCUGCUGCUCCUGACCUGGUUCCUGCCAGGGUCGUUGAGUGAGUCGGGCUGUGCGAGGAUGGAUCCCCGCGGGUCGACGCCCACGACGACACAGUUGGGGUUCUUCUCCUUGAGCUUCCGACCGAUGCCCGUCACCGUGCCCCCGGUGCCGGCGCUGAUCACAGCCAUGUCCACCUUGCCAUCGCACUGAUCCCAGAUCUCCUGACCCGUGCCCUCAUAGUGCGCCAGCGGGUUGGCGGGGUUCUUGUACUGGUCCAGGAUGUGGGAGUUCUCGAGCUGCGCGUUGACCUUGAGGGCCAGGCCGAUGUGCGACUCGGGAGAGUUCCACGCCGCCUCGGUGGGCGUGCGCAGGAUCUCGGCACCCAGCGCCUUCAUCAUGUUGACCUUCUCCUGACUCAUCUUCUCGGGCAAGGUUAUCAGCAUCCGAUAACUGACACGCACACACGCACACAAUCAUGGCAGGCAUUUCCAGCACCCCCCUCAUCCAUCCAUCCAUGCAUUGCUCACCCUUUGAUUGCAGCGGUGAGUGCGAGUCCGAUGCCCGUGUUGCCCGAGGUCGGCUCGAUGAGUGUGUCGCCCUGCUUCAGGAAGCCGUCCUUCUCGGCCUCCUGCACCAUCCGCAGCCCGAUGCGGUCCUUGACCGACCCGCCCGCAUUGAAGUACUCGCACUUGGCCACCAGGUCACACUCGAGGUCAUACUUCUUGGCAAACCGUGACAGCCGGACCAUCGGCGUGCGGCCUGCAGUGCACACACCACACACACACACACAUCAUAAACGGAGCAGCCCUGCCCUUGUGUGCAGAAGAUCUGUUCGCUCACCGAUGCAUCCGAGGAUGCUGUCUUUGAUCUUCUGCUCGGGGCAUGGCGGGAUGGAGUGGUGCGGACACGGCUCCGUGCAGUUGGGCGUCCACGUGCACUUCUCACACCCAUGGUACGAAGGGAAGGUGAUCUCAGCCGUGCCGGACUGGCGCAGCUCCGGUUGACCCGACAUCUCUCUGCCUCUCCUGCUGCCUGAACGUCUGCCUGACGCCUUCCG